AUGAAGAGGCAGGGCUGGGGGAAGCCCCGUGUGCAGCUCCUGCCGCGUUGGGCGCGGAGCAAGACCGGCGACGGCGCAGCUGAGCGCGGAGCGCAGAUCUCGGUGGGAGCCAUGCCGGAAAGUGGGAGCCCUGGCGGGGCCGAAGGGACCCAGGCAGCCCUGGAGCUGGAGGUCCCGUCUCGGGGAAGCUCUCCGUGCCCGGAGCAAGCACCCGGGAGCACUGAGGUGUGCCCGGCGGAAGGGUUAGGAGGCUGUGCGGGGGAGGCAUCAGUGCAGUAUGGUGUGAGUUAUCGCUGUCUUCUGCGUCAAAACCAAGUGCUUCUGACAGCCCUAGAGGAGCUGCAGAUGCGCUGUGCCAGCCUGAAGAAGGAAAACAGUCUGCUGCGUAAGACCUGCUUCCCAGAGACUCAGGAGAAGGUGAGGCAUUUGAAGAGGAAGAAUGCAGAGCUGGCUGUCAUUGCAAAACGUCUGGAGGAGAGAGCCAGGAAGCUGCAAGAGGCCAACCUCAGAGUUGUGAAUGCACCGAUAAAUGUGAAGAGCUCCUGUGCUGGACUGUGCAAAAGGGUGCUGGCGCGCCAACGGGCGACAGAUCUCCAAGAACAAGCCAAUGCACUCCUGAUGAAAGACAAACAGAUCAAUGCUCUACAGAGGGAAUGCCAAGAACUUCAAGCUAAAAUCAUGGGUGGAAAGGUGAAUGUUUACCACUGAGUACACUCAGGCUGAUGUUGUCCAGAUGUGGUAAACCUCCACCCAUUGAAGGUCCUCCUUGUCUGCCUCUUCUAGAUUUCCACCAUUUACUCCGAGAAUCUCAGAAGGAGGUGCUACGGCUACAGAGACAGAUUGCUUUGAAGAAUUUCAAGGCAGCCCUGGAGC